AUGGCGUCGUCAAUAUUACCCCCCGAAAUGGCCAUCGCCGGGGCAGCGGAUAGCGGGCGGCCACUGAGCAUCGAGGAGCUCUGCUUCACAUCGGCCAUGAGCUGUUUUGAAGGCUGGCUCAAGCUAGAUCCAGCGAUCGGUCCCCGCACCAUGGCCUAUGUCACCAAAUUCAUCUCCAGGACGCUAGAGAAAACGCAUAACCUCAAAGACGUCAGGGAGUCGCUAUCAAAAAGUGUCGAGGUCUGGAUAUGGCUUACCCGGGACUUUGCGGCCGCGAUUCCUAGUUUGACGACGCGGUCCAUCGGGCCUCUGGCCAGUCUCAACGACCCUGACAAAGGCGUCACCCCCUUGGAGAGCACGGCGCUGAUUACUAAGAACUAUCCGUCGUUGAAGGAGGACUUACAGUUGUUGAUCAAGCUGAUGCAUGUUGCGAGAAAUUUACUUGUCGUACCGGAGCCCGAGAUUCCCCAGGAUCUGUGCGCCGCAGCUCAGUUCGACCAGAUGCUCUAUCAGACGAUCAUUCUCUGUAUUAAUGUCACGAGCAAGGCGUACGAUGGCGAUGUUCUCGAGGAGUCGGCCAGGCUGAAGCUGAGCGAGAUUACUGAGCUCUACAAGAAGCUAUUGGUGACAUGCCUGCAGCAAGCCCACAACUGGAUCGCUAAAAAUGACCGGAACAAAAUGGCGUUCUGGUCUACCGUUUUGUUCGACGAUGACGCCCUUGCCGACGAGUCCGACGGCAACGUCUACGGGGAAUUCCGGCCGGAUAUCGCCAAGACCGAAGUCCAGAACUGGUUCGAGCGCAACUCACGUUUCUGCGACAAGGCUCGCCAGCUACUUACCGACUACGAGGACAAUGUCGCCAGUAAAGGGCAGCCCCCGGGUCAUCUGCCCUGCAUCUCGCCACUCGCCUGGAACUGGAUGCCCGAAGGCACAGUACGGGUGCGGGCCGACGAUAUCCGCGACGAGUCCAAGAUCACUCCGCAGUGGAAGGAGAACGAGCCCGACAAGUUCGAGCAAGACAAAGCCUACGGUCGAGUGUCAAGGGAGGUUGACACCUGGUGGCUUAAGAUCCGCGACCCCAACUACGACGAGUGGGUUGUGCCGAUGCCCUCCGUCGAGUUCGCCCAGCAGAGAACUGAGAACUGCAAGGCCAACCUGAUCAACCGGUAUGCGCAGUCAUACCGAACCGCCGAACAUGAAGGCUCUGUCCAUUCGGCCGACGGCGGUCCUUUGCCCGAAGGUCCUGUGGGCCAAGAAAUCCACGAUGGUGGUGGCCACUAUGUGCACGACUACAACGACGACAUGAUCGAGGAGGAAGACAUUGAUGACGACGACUCGUACGGCGAAGGCCCGAUGAACGGGCUGUUGACCGAGGUCCCCAAUAUUCUUGAUCCUAAGCAGAUCGAGGCCCUCCACAUGAUUGUCAAGUCGUGUAUCCUUGACAACGCCGGCCUAGCGCUGAGCAGGGCUGGUGAGAAUCUGCAGAAAACAAGGUGUAGGAUGUUCUUGGCCAUGGAAUGUGGCCGCAGCCUGCUUAGGGAGAUCCUUGUUUUCAUUGCUGUCUGGGAGAAGAGUGAGCAAUCGCUCAUCUUCCAGCUCACCACCCAGAUCGUCGAGGCCAUCCACCAUAGCGCCCUGGUGCCCUAUGCGUGGCAGUCACUGCGUAUCCCCAAGGAUAUCAUUUCCCCCGCGCAGACGGUGUUGUUGAGGCUUGUUAACAACAUGUUCCGCGCCCGGAACAACGACCCACCACAUCCGGAUUCGAAGGAGCACCUCCGCGAUGUGAAGCUGCUGCACUUUUUGUUCAUCCAGUUCCGCAGCCGAAUCGUGCCCGAGUGUACUGCCCUGAUGCACUUACAAGCACAAAUCCGUAACGACAUUUGUGACCCGGCCGAUUUCCCUGUCGACAGCUGGGACAUGGAGCGCGCGAAGGACGGUAUCCAACAGUUCCUUGAGCUCCUUACAACGGUCAAUGAGCUCCCCGAGACCCGCCAAUACCUCAUCGAAUGGGAAGCUGCGUACGAACUCCUGGCUUUGCUUAAGGGCCUUGAAGCCGGCGUACCCAAGAAGCCCAUGGUCGAUCCCGCCGGCCGCUCAACCUCGAGCAAUGGGCGCCAUCCACCUCCUCCCCACCCCGACGACCCUGACGCAGGUUACGACUCAGAAGAUCACCCACUGGCCCCGCCCCCUCCGCUAGAAGAGCCAGCGUACAAGUACCCUUGGGCCGGUAUCAAAGGCCAGAUCCUGCAUAUCCUCGCGGGACUACUCCAGCCUCCACAUGGGCGAAGCAGCCCGGGCAAUCCAGAAGUCCAGUCUCAGAUCCUGCGGCAUAACGGAGUAAUAAGCUUACUCAAUUGCUGCGUAUACGACGACUACAACCGCUAUGCCCGCGAGCGUGUCCAGAUCUGUCUGAAAUGGCUCAUGGACGGCUCGGAUGAGGCGAACAAGUACCUGCGCGAACUCAUCGCCAUGUCACCACCUCCCAGCUUGCGCCCACCCCAACAACAACAGCAACAACAACAGCAGCAGCACGCUCACAACCCCCAACAUCCCCAUCUCCAACACCCCAGCGACAUUCCGCCACCACCACAACAACCACACCAACAACACCAAACCACCUCUCUCCGAAUCGACGGCAUAGCCGGCGAAGUCAAAGUCCGCCUACGCGCUCCCGGCGAACCCCUCCCUCAAAUGCGCGCCCCCAGCACCGCCACCACUACAACCACCACCGCAACUAGCACCAACCCCGCUUCCCGAAUCCUCCCACCCCCCCUCGCCGGCAACAGUAACCCCACCAUCACCACCAACACCAAUAAUACCCUCCCCCCACUACGGGGAACAGCAAGCGGCACCGUCAGCAACGCAUCAACAGGCGGAACAGGCGCACCGCCACGGAGUCGACCCGAGGAGCUGUUACGUGAUAUUAUCACGUUGGCAGAUGAGGCGGCGAGGUUGGCGAUGGGGCAGCCGCUGGGAGCAGGGGGAGAUGAGACGGAGGAGGAGGAAGGGGAGGAUGGGGAGGAGGAUUAUGGGCAGGGGGGAGAGGGGAGGGGGUAUGAUGAAGAUGAUUUUAUGUAG